AUCUGCUGGUCUGGAGGCCCACUGGGGAAAAAAAUGUUCCAUUGAACAAAACCAGGUGUGCCAGGCUACUCUUUUAGAGUAAAGAAGUGCAGGUACAAUCUGAAAACAUGAUCAUACAGUUGAGCAGCUUCACCGCUCUGUCGUAUUUGUCACCCUGGGCUUUUUCUGACCUCGCAGAGCGAGAGAGGGAGCGACACAAGAAGAGGAGCCGCAGUGGAUCUCCCGGCCGAGGCGACAAGCAUCGCAGCUGGAGCAAGGACCGAGGGAGCCGCAGCCGAGAGAAGCGGAGCCGCAGCCGAGACCGGAAGAGCCGGGACCGCCGGAGCUCCUCCCGAGACCACAAGAAGCGCAGCCAUUCUCCAAGGCGAGCGAGGAAGAAAAGGACCUGCAAAUACUGGGACGUGCCUCCUCCCGGCUUUGAGCAUAUCACACCAAUGCAAUAUAAAGCUAUGCAAGCGGCCGGCCAGAUUCCAACAAUAGCUCUGCUGGCAACGUCCACCACCACUGGAGUGGCUGCAGCACCGACACAAGUGCCCAUAGUUGGCAGUCAGAUGACCAGACAAGCCAGACGCCUCUACGUUGGCAACAUCCCCUUUGGAGUGACGGAGGAGUCCAUGGCUGAGUUCUUUAACGCCCAGAUGCGCCUCGCAGGACUCUCACAAGCCCCCAGUAACCCCGUUCUCGCCGUGCAGAUUAACCAGGACAAGAACUUCGCUUUCCUAGAGUUUCGAUCUGUGGAUGAGACGACGCAGGCCAUGGCCUUCGAUGGGAUCAUUUUCCAGGGUCAGUCGCUGAAGAUCAGACGACCUCACGACUAUCGGCCUUUACCCGGGAUCUCAGAGCAGCCGGCGUUCCACGUCCCAGGCGUCGUCUCCACCGUUGUUCCCGAUUCCCCUCAUAAACUGUUCAUAGGAGGCCUGCCCAACUACCUUAAUGACGACCAGGUGAAGGAGCUCCUGACGUCGUUCGGGCCACUCAAAGCGUUCAACCUGGUGAAGGACAGUGCCACGUCACUGUCGAAAGGUUACGCCUUUUGUGAAUACGUAGACAUCAGCGCCACUGAUCAGGCAGUAGCUGGGCUCAAUGGGAUGCAGCUGGGUGACAAAAAGCUGAUCGUCCAGAGGGCGAGCGUGGGAGCUAAAAACGCCAAUCCUACCUCCAUCAUAGAGACCCCAGUGAUGCUACAGGUUCCUGGGCUUCAGAGGCUGCAGAACUCUGGCAUGCCCACAGAGGUGCUGUGCCUUCUCAACAUGGUGAUGCCCGAGGAGCUGGUGGACGACGAGGACUACGAGGAGAUCCUCGAAGAUAUCCGCGAGGAAUGCUGCAAGUACGGCACCGUGCGCUCCAUCGAGAUCCCCCGGCCUGUCGACGGUGUGGAGGUCCCCGGCUGUGGAAAGAUCUUUGUUGAGUACGUCUCUGCUGCGGACUGUCAGAAAGCCAUGCAAGCCCUCACCGGCCGCAAGUUUGCCAACAGAGUGGUGGUCACCAAAUACUACGAUCCGGACAUGUACCACAGACACGAGUUCUGAAAGCACAGACAAGCCCCUCCUCGUUUUCUGUUUGUCGGCUGGGCUUCGGUCCGUUUCUUCCCUCCUCUGAUCGUUGUGACUGUGUCCUAUAGAGACUAGAGCUGGAACAGUUUUAUUACUGGACUGCAGUGUGUGUGUCUUCAGUGCUGAAUAACUCCCAGCUUUAGCCUAACUCCCAAACCGUGACUGAACUCAUUCUGAACUUUAAAGAUACUCUAGUAUACAUAACACUUGCCGUAGAAUGAAUGUGACAUGUAUCUUACCUACACUAAUACUGCCUGACAAUGCCAGAGUAGCUAUCCAUCAAGUAUGCACUGUACGAGAAAAAAAAACAGCAAAUGUUUGGAUUUUCUUCCCGAGCACAAACGUUGAUUUCCGGUUUAGGUCUAGAUUUGAAAAGCCAUCAUAAUGUUUCUUCAGUGGCUGUGAGGAAAGCAAAUGUUUUUAUUUAUUUAUUUAUUUUUCCAGAGUAAUAUUUCCCACUGUAUGCAUCAAUAUUAAUGUUCCUUAAACAUAUACAGUGCUGUGUACUGCUUACAUAGACCAAAUGUUGACUCGUUUCAUGUCAGAAGUGAGAAGCUUCAUUGUGUCAGUAAAGCCUCAGUGGUGAGUUUGUAAAUAUUGAAUAUUCAAUUGGCGAAACACGUUAAAAGCUGCUGGAAUUAAAAAAAAAAAUUUGAAAUGUUCCAGCUGGAAAUUUUUGAUCAAACAAUGGGACAGUCGGCCGAUGGGUAAACCCUCCACCUGAGCAGCAACUAAACUUUAGAUUCACUUCAGAUCUUUGUAGGUCAGAACUUUGCUCUUCUCUGCGCACUGUUGCCAACUCCUCAGUAAGGAAAGGAGCUAUUGGCUGUCGUAAAAGUCGCUAGAAGUUGCUGUAUGAUGUCAUCAUCUAAUUUGCAUAAUAGGUCAUUUGCAUGUAGUUGUAAUGUGUUUGGAACAGGGCUCUACAACUCCAGGCCUUGAGGACCCCUGUCCUGCAGGUUUUAGAUGUGUCCCUGAUCCAACACACCUGAUUCAAAUGGCUGAAUUACCUCCUCAGUAUUCAGUCAAGUUC